ACACCGCCGCACUUAACACAGUACUCCCAUAUCCCAACAUCAAACACCCUCACACCUAAACAGCUCCUGCACUACCGCAAAAAUGCCCGUCGGAAUCAAGACCCCGUCGAACCAAAUCAAACUCACAAACGUUUCGUUGGUGCGACUCAAGAAAGGCAAGAAGCGCUUCGAAAUCGCAUGCUACAAGAACAAAGUGCUCGAAUGGCGCAACGGCAUCGAAAAGAACCUCGAUGAGGUCUUACAAAUCCCGAACGUCUUCGUGAACGUGUCGAAGGGCGAGACGGCGAAGAAGGAAGACCUGGCGAAGGCGUUCGGGAAGGACGUGAAGCAGGAUGACAUUAUCUUGGAGAUAUUGAACAAGGGCGAGCUGCAGGUUGGCGAGAAGGAGCGCGCAGCGCAACUGGAGCGUGUCCACAACGAGAUUGUUGAUAUUGUGGCGGGAAAGCUGGUUGACCCGAAGACAAAGAAGGUGUAUACUACUGGGAUGAUCGAAAAGGCGCUGGAUAUGGUCAGCGCCGCUGGAUCGCAGGAGAGGCAAGAGAAGAAUGCUGCCGGAGCAGAGGCCCCUGCUGAAGGGGAAGAGAAGAAGCAUCUGCCAACGUGGACUGGAGUCAAUGCUACGAAGAACGCAAAGAGUCAGGCCCUGGAGGCUAUUAAGGCCCUGGUGGCAAGGCAGCCCAUACCAGUUGAGAGAGCCAGGAUGAGCCUACGGAUUACAUGCCCGAUGAAGGAGCUUAAGAAUACGUUGAAGGGCCAGAAGGUCGGUGGAGAGGACGGAGAGAGGAAGAUGACGGUUAAGGAAAAGAUUCUGGAACUGGUCGAGCAGAUCGAGAGACAAGAAGUUACCGGGAGUGAGUGGGAGCUUGUCGGUUUCGUGGAGCCAGGAGCAUACAAGCUCCUGAGUGAUCUUAUUGGAAGCGAGACAAAGGGUGCUGGCAGGAUCGAGGUUUUGGAUAUGGCAGUUAAACAUGAAGAUUGAAGGGUUGGUGAAGCGAGUGACCAAGAGGAAGGUACGGGAUACGGUUCAACCGCCCCAUGGCUUCGAUUCGAUAUAUUCACGGAGGCUGAGCAACUGUCAUAUUCUGAAAGUGGCCACUGAUGGGAGACCCAGGCAGGAGAGUCUGGGCAAGCCCCAGGAAUCCCUCCCGAAACAACUCGUAUGGAGGGAGAGGUCUUAAUAGUUAAGCGGAAGACAGAAUCCGAACAAGAUAUCCCCCAUACUCUAUUUCGUUCAGCAUGGCUGCAAACAUCAUUGUACUCGUGCCGGCCAAAUGUCUGAAGAGCGACUGGGUGACAUCAGUGAUUACAACAACUGUAGUUAAAAUAAAGGCUUGCAACUACUCGGGCUAUGAUUGUCAUAUUCCUUACUCAAGAGAUACAGAUAAAGAGGGAGAUACUAUCUGCUUAAAUUGCUGGCACCGAUCCUCAGCUAUGUACAUACAGUAACUUACAGGACUCGCUGGGAGAUGCCCGAAAUAUCGACACGUGACAUACUUCCUAGGCAAAAACAUACAGCUUACGUCAUUUCCCGGAUAAGGCCUCUGAGAUGGUGCAACCUGGCGGAUCCGAAGUGAACAGUCCCCAAAUAUAACUGCAGCAACUGUAAUGGAAAAGAAAGGGAAUAAAGAAAGACCUUUAAUAACUGGCUAUAAUUGUUGUAUAAGAUCCUCAAAUAAUAGAGCACAAAAGGGAUAUACUAUUAGCUCAAAUUGCUGGUAUUCCUUCUUAGGUACAUAGAGACAGUUCAACCGGUUCCCGCCACCAAGGCGUUAGCGUAGCGAUAGCAACGACGC